AUGCGCGGCGUGAUGCCGGACAUCACCAAUACCCGGCCACAGACAGGGGUCGGAAACAAUCCCAACAUCUACCCGAUUGUGGUAUGCUGUGCGCACCGCGACGACGCGGAGGCCAUCAACGGCCUCAAUCGCACUGUCUUUCACGUCACCCCCGCCAAUGACGUCCAUCUCGCCGCGUGGCGUGUGCAGGAGGCGAACAUCCCCCUCCGCGGCUCGCCCGUUUACGGUGUCCGUAUCGCCCUCGAUGGCCGUCACACAGGCCUUUUUAUCGGGAUCCCUUGGACCCAUGUCGGUUUUCAGAUCGGAGACGGCGAGCCUAACGUCCAACAGAAAGGCUGGUGCAAGCGGUUCGACCUGAAGGGUCUCCCCUUCGCAAGCGCCAUGGCCUACAUGAUGGUGAAGAAAGGCCAUAACUUUCCCAUCGACUUCGACGUCGAGAACCCCAUCCCAGCCCCGCUCCGCGCCCGACCCGCGCCCUCCAUUCCCCGCACCCCUGCGCGCGCCUCGCACCCUCGCACCGUCGUUACCCCGCCGCGAAGCUUUGUCCACUGGUCGGCUCCCACCCCAUCGCGCGGGAGUCAGCGCGAGCAGGCGCCACCUCUGUCAGGCGACGCGCUCGCACACGCCUUCCAGCAGGGCGCGAGUAUUCGGGACCACGCGGUGCUGCCCGCACGCCACCACGGAGACGUUGAGAGCUGCGGCGCGCUCGCCGCAGCUAUCCGUCUGCUCUUUAUCUCCCCCGAGGAGGUUGUGGGGGGUGCUCGUCCAUUUCCCGUCUCGCUCGGGCCGAGGGCCGAGCAGAUUCUCUUGGAGCUUGACCCGGACGGUACGCAGCUCAUCUUCAUUCUGCAGAUGUUUGCUGGUGCGGCCUCGCCCAAGGAGUUUGCGUACGACGGCCACAAGCACCUCGGCUGGGAUGGGGUGCAGCUAGAGCGUCUAUACGACGCUAUCUUGUAUCCGCUCGAUAAUGAUGAGUAA